GCAUGUGAGCGCCAUGACUCGCAAUCGGCGAGCAAGCACACAGAGUAGGUAGGUGAAAACAUCCACUUACUCCGUCACAUUUUCAUUGUCCUCUCUUUCAUAUACAAAGCGGCCGCCAUGGCGCCCAAGGCGAUCUCCCAGCUGGUGGAAGAACACCGUCCAGAUCUGGCUGCUUACCAAGAGCUCUACAAACACUUCCAUGCCAAUCCAGAGCUAUCGAACCAGGAGCGGGAGACUGCUGCGACCAUUGCUAAAUACCUUAACGACAAAGUCUCGACCGAGUUCGACAUAAGAACCAACAUUGGCGGCACCGGAAUCGCCGCCUUAUUGUUCAAUGGCAGUGGCCCGACCAUCUUACUCCGAGCCGACUUCGAUGCCCUACCCGUCGAGGAACGAACUGGCCUACCUUACGCAUCCAAGAAGCGCAUGAUCGAUGCUGACGGGAUCGAGAAGCCUGUGAUGCACGCUUGUGGCCAUGACAUGCACAUUACAGCCCUUCUCGCCGCCGCCGAGCUCCUUGUGUCAGCCAAAGAUAGCUGGAGCGGGACACUGUUGCUCGCUUUCCAGCCCGCCGAGGAGCGUGGCACUGGUGCGCAGGCUAUGGUCGAUGAUGGAAUGUAUGACCCGAAACGGCACGCUGUACCCAUUCCCGAUGUAUGUCUUGGUGGGCACGUUAUGCCCAUGCGAGCAGGUGUGGUCGGUUCGCGUCGCGGACUCAUGGCAAGCUCGGCAGACUCGAUGCGGAUCACGCUUCAUGGACGUGGCGGGCAUGCUAGUAUGCCCAGCCGGCUUGUCGAUCCCAUCGUGAUGGCUGCCUCGACUGUGAUGAAGUUGCAGACGAUCGUGUCACGAGAAGUAGACCCGUGGGACACCGCUGUCGUGACUGUAGCCAGCAUACAAGCCGGUGACGCCGAGAACGUAGUUGUAGACGACGCUCGCAUGGCUCUUGACAUCCGAACCAUUGAUCCCAAGACCCGCGAGAAAAUCAAGCGGAGCAUCAAGCGAAUCGUCGACGCCGAGUCGCUGGCCAGUAACGCAGUUAAAGAGCCAACAUACCUCACCACGCGCACCUUUCCCAUCACGAUGAACGACGAAGAGGUGACGGCGAAGCUAGAGGAGACCUUCCGCGCCCAUUUCAAAGAAGGCGAGCAUGGAUACACCUCAGAAGCGCAGAAACUCGGCGGAAGCGAGGACUUCUCCAUCCUUGGCACGGCGGUCGACAGACCAUGCAGCUUUUUCACGUACGGUGGCACCGAUCCCGAGCUCUGGGACAAGUGCGAAGCAGAGGGCACGCUGAACGAGAAGAUUCCGAUCAACCACAGCGGACUGUUUGCACCGGUCAUCAUGCCCACGCUUCAGGUGGCGGUGGAUGCUUAUGCUGCUGGUGCGCUGACAUGGUUACUCAAGAAGUAGGUUAGACAUUCAAAAGUGCGCCGUACUAUACGCUCAAAUGUAGAGUGAAUGUUCGUCUUAGAGCAGCGUCAGGCUACAUACACCUUGCUCUCCUGCUUUUCCAAAACCCAUUGCGCUCUGAUACGCUGCUGUACAAAAUGCCCCCGUUCUGCCAUGCCAUGCAAUUCAUUCCACACGGCUCAUUGCUCGCUAAAGGUAUACUGCUGUCAUGCCGUCGUAAAGUCAUACACUU